ACCUCGAGGACAGCGUUUUUCUUCAUCCAGAACUGGGAAACCUUGAAAUACGUGUUUUCCUUUUACCUCUUUUCUGUGGGUUAAACUUUUUCAAGUUUGUGCAAUCUUUUGCAUAAUUCGUGUUGCAGUAGCUAAUACUUUCUAAAAUGACACCCAGUGUACCUUACUUUGUCACUGUUGCUUAGGGGCUUUUUCCUAGUGCGUGCAAACAAAGAUAACGUAAUAACAAAUACUGCAUAUGGGGGGGGGUUUACCUGUAAUAAAGUUUUUGUAACUAAAAAUACCUUUAAGCUUUAUUUCCAUUUCUGUACUUGUGUUUACUUGGUCUGUAAUUGUAUGGUUUUGAUAGUUUGGUGGGUUAAAUGUAUUAUGCUGUUAACACUUACUUACAGCUAACUUGUAGUUUUUAACUUAGCUGUAGAAAAAUAAUUUCUCUGACUUUCCCAUCGUGAUGCAUUAUUCAUCUUUGUGUUAACAAGAGUGAUGAAAAUGUAGGCUUUGGGCAGGUUUAGGCUUGGUAAAUUACAGUUUACAGCUUUACCCGGUUUCUUCCUUGCAUGCUAAUAUCCAUGGCCUGGUCCACAGAUUCCUGCUCAUUUGGAUGGUCCUCAGUUGUGGAAGAAAUGAGCCGUCAGACUGCUACAGCACUACCUACAGGUACUUCAAAGUGUACGCCAUCCCAGAGGGUGCCUGCACUGACUGGCACUACAGCUUCCAAUAAUGACUUGGCUAGUCUCUUUGAGUGUCCUGUGUGUUUUGACUAUGUGCUGCCACCAAUUCUUCAGUGUCAGAGUGGCCAUCUUGUUUGUAGCAACUGUCGCCCCAAACUUACGUGCUGUCCAACUUGCCGAGGCCCGCUGGGCUCCAUUCGUAACCUGGCUAUGGAGAAAGUUGCCAAUUCUGUACUAUUCCCCUGUAAAUAUGCCUCUUCCGGAUGUGAGAUAACUUUGCCACACACAGAAAAAGCAGACCAUGAGGAGCUGUGUGAGUUUAGGCCUUACUCCUGUCCAUGUCCUGGUGCUUCAUGUAAAUGGCAAGGUUCUCUGGAUGCUGUAAUGCCACAUCUGAUGCAUCAACAUAAGUCAAUUACAACACUUCAGGGAGAAGAUAUAGUGUUCCUGGCUACAGACAUUAAUCUUCCUGGUGCUGUUGACUGGGUUAUGAUGCAGUCUUGUUUUGGCUUUCAUUUCAUGUUAGUAUUGGAGAAACAGGAAAAAUAUGAUGGUCACCAGCAGUUCUUUGCAAUUGUACAGCUGAUAGGAACACGCAAGCAAGCAGAAAACUUUGCUUAUCGACUUGAGUUAAAUGGUCAUAGGCGGCGAUUGACUUGGGAAGCAACUCCUCGAUCUAUUCAUGAGGGAAUUGCAACAGCCAUUAUGAAUAGUGACUGUCUAGUCUUUGACACCAGCAUUGCACAGCUCUUUGCAGAAAAUGGCAAUUUAGGCAUCAAUGUAACUAUAUCCAUGUGUUGAAAUGGCAAUCAAACCUCUUCAGGCCAGUGUUUAAAACCGUUGUGUUUAAUUUAGCAGAAACUAGGGUAACCAUCUUUGACGGUCAGACAAAUUAUGUGGUAGAUGGAGGGUAGACAUAUAUGAAGGUAAAUAAAAGGAAAGGCUGUUAAAUUACAGGAAGCAGUUGCAUGUAGUAAUACUAAUAUAUUUAAAAGAAGUCAACAGUAAACCACUGAAAAUAUAUAUACCCCCAAGAUGGGCAUCUUUUGUAUUAAGAAUUGAUUCUACAGGAUAUGUUGUAAAAUAAUUCUAAAAACUUGUUUGUAGAUUGAUUGUACUGUUGAAAAGGAUACUGUUUCGUGUUUUUGUUUGUGUUUUUUUCCUCCCCCCUUUGACUGACAAGCCAUGUUGAGCGGUCUGGUCUCUGGCCACUGCUUCCCCUCCUCCCCGCCCCC